UGUCCGGACGUCUGGACAGGAUCAUUUGUGUAUAUAUAUAUAUAUAUAACCGAUACAAAACAAAUGAAUUUUCUCGUUGCUACAGCGAUAGAGAGUUCUCAUCGGUCCAUGCUCCACAUCCCCAACUCAGAUUUUCAAGAGUCAGAUUCACAAGAAAUGCAGUGGAAUCGCCAAGAACAGAGUGGGAUUUUCACAGCUAUUCUCACUCACCCUCCGGGCGCUACAAAUACAGCGACCUAAACCGGAGGCACUGGUUUGAAGGAUCCCAGCACCAUUAUGCUGACCCUUAUCACACCAGGUAUACCAAAAACUCAAGAAAGAAUGAAACUGAGGAAAGGGAGCUAUAUCUGAUUCGGCAAAGAGAAGCUCAGCCCCGUCGCCAAUCCCUCCGCAGCGUUAACACAAGGGAGAAUUUGGAUGGUUGGCGCACAACAAACGGCGCCAGUACGCUCGCCCAAACCACUGCUUCACUGCGCAGCAACUCGCCAACACAGAAAACCUCAGGUCUACGGGUAAUUUCAAUCGCUAUCAAUGUUUAGAUCCAAAUGAGAAUGAUUUUCCAUCGCUAUCAUUUAUACCGGAUUAUCAUCCCUCCAAUUAUCGGAGCACUAGUGAUGAAAAAUCUGUGGUUGCAAGAAGAAACCAAAUCGACCGGCGCUCUAAAUCAAGGUACGGUGGAUAUCGCCCCCUUGGGAAGGCCUCCGGCCGAACCAAUCCAAGGCCGGCAACCAAUUUGCCGAAGGCCGGCAAGCAGCAAUACGCCGACACUAGGAAACUUGAUACGGUGGUUAAUAUGACCUCACCGCUUACAGCAAACGUAAAGCUGCUAGACUUGCCGGUCAACGACACUAGGGGUGUCGUGGGGUCUUGCUCAGCUGGAAAGCUACAGGCCCUCACAUGGGCUGAUCUGUUCAAAGAAGAUAAAGACAACGGCAAUAGCAGGACGAUGGGCACAAAUAUGGUCACAAAUGAUAAAAUUAAUUUUUUAUCACUUACCUACGGUGGUAUCCCUUUAAGCCAGGAUGGAUUUGCUCAAUCCUGUGAGCAGGCAGGCCCCUCUGGAGUGCAGAACCAAAAUAGCAUUAUUGAAGUAAACUGGGACGGGUCGGAUUCAAACGAAGUUGGAGAAAAAUACUCCUUUUUUGGAGAAUAUGGUUUUGACUCAGUCAAAAUUGACUCAAAAUCAUUUAAAUUUGCAAUGAAAAACGGAGAUUUGAUCUUAUUUGAAAUCAAAGGGUCUCUACUGUACAAAAUUAAUUUCAAUUUUGAGUUGGCUCCACAAAUCAUUCGCUUCAUCUCACAGCUCCGGAAUCUUGAUCAGUCAAAUUUUGAGAUAAAAAGACGAUUUGGAGAGAUCAGGAUUUCCUUGGAAAUUAACAGAGCAGGCUACUAUGUGAAAAUGGCUAAAAACAAAGGGGGGUCCAUUCAUAUACCCAUGGGGCCCAAUAAUUCGAGCAUAUUUAAAUUCCUUAAUAUCUUUUCUAAUUUUGUUGGACUGUCAAAGUCAAUGCAGGACGAUUCAGCCUUUCUUCAACACAGAAGUAAAUUAGCACCAGAGGACCCCACAUCAAUCUCCAAACUGAUUUUACAUUAUCAAAUCCAGACAAUAGAUACUGAAAAUCAACAUGUCUUCUCUUGUGAGAAACAACCUCAGUUGUCACCGAUUCAAGCUUACUCAGACGCCUCUGACGAUUUUAAUCAUUCAGAUGACUCCUUCUUCACAGAUGACUUCUUGGGACAUGCGACGGAUAGCGAUCGCCGUCCUCCUCUUUCAUACCCAGAAGAAAUUAGGAAGUCCAAAUUCAAUAGAGAAAUUUGUCGCAAGGCCAAUUUGAUGAACUCGGAUAACUGUCUGCCAACUGCUAACCUGAACACGCAGGUAAAAAUUUACAGGAAAAAUCAGAAGAACAAAAGGCGCCAUAGCAUGACCACAAGAUCUCAAUCCAGAGACUUCCCAUGGGAUUAGCUUUGUAAUGUUUUUUCCUUUUCUCUUUUUUCCUUUUUUUUUUUUUUUGCAUUGUACUCUUUUCCGUUCAUCAAUAAAAUUUCCUUCCAAAA